AUGUACGGUUGGUUACUCGAAAGCGUGCAGCAUUUUAUUGUGCAAGAAUGUGGAGAAGAAAUAUGGGAGACGAUUCUCAGGGAAUCUGGAGCCAGGAACACAAUAUUUAUAACGAGACAGCAAUAUCCAGAUGCGCUUAUGUUACGACUUGCGAGCGCGCUAGCAAGAUUUUUAACACAAGAUCCAAACAGUCCCUGUGUAUCUACUCCUAGCAGUCCAGCGCCAAGAAAACUCUCUAUUAAAUCAAAACCGACCUGGCGAAGUUCUUCCGUGCAUGGUGACAAUAGAAGCCAAGCCUUCAAAUGCCCUAUAUCAGCAACAAAUGCUCUAACAGCAGCCACAAAGAAGGAAAUCAAUGCUUACACUUCCUCAGAAGAAAUACGGUCUCCCACACACAUUGGUCUUUCAACUGACAAAAUUAAUGAAGACCCAGAGCCCAGCUUACCUUGUCCAAUUAAUGUUCGGGAUCGUAGAAGUUUAGGAGUUCAUUUAGAAAGAUUAAGAGAUAUUGAAUUGAACACAGAAGAAAUUAUACCUGAAUCUGAUAAUGUUGAGGCUUCAGAAAACUCAGACUGCACCUCUCCAGUGCCAGAAGUUUCAGAAGGAAGACGAAGUUCCCUAAAACCGUCUUUAAGAAAAACCAGUUGCACAAUUGACUUGUACCGUCGGCGUGGCUCGGGAACACCAAUCAAGCAAAGGCUGAACAGCCUUAACUGUGUCAGCGCUGAAAAACUAAGUGUAUUAAAAGAGAAGUUCAGUACAAGUGAUAAGGUCAUGCAUUUCUUCGGACGGUGCUUCGUCAAGUUCUUUUCGAACUAUGGUUACGACACCAUGAUACGAGCUACGGGUCGUUACUUCUGCACGUUCCUGCAAUCAGUGGACAAUAUUCACCAGCGCAUGCGUUUCACGUUUCCUCGCAUGAGAUCCCCCAGCAUGCAACUGACUCGUGCCCACAUCCAUGGCGCUGAACUGGUAUAUAGCAGUGGCAGGACAGGAUUCACACACUAUCUUAUGGGCCAGUUAUACGAAAUAGCCGAGGAUAUUUUCUCACUUAAAUUGAAAGUGUCUAUAGUGAAAGAAAGUGUGGAGGGAAAUUAUUACGUCGCUGUGUUAAGACUCGAGUUCGACAAUAGUGAUUAUGUCCAAUCGUUAAUGCAUCGUAAGUCCCUGCCAUGCCUCCUACCAGCGGUGCCAGCAUGUCUCCUUCUUCAACUGUUUCCAUUUGGAGUUCUCUUGGAUAGGAAAAUGAAAAUUAUGCAAGCAGGAGAUAAGUUAAUGGAAGCCUGGGGAGGACCACACAAUAGGAUUUUAAAAUCAUCAAUCAAUGAAAUACUUCGAUUAAGGAAACCUAAAAUCACUUUCACUUGGGACAAGGUUGUAUGUAUGCAGAACAUGUUAUUUGAGCUGGAACUGAUGCGUUGGCGAGCUCGUGUGAUAACUGACUCUCGACGAGGCUCCCAGGGCGCGAGAGCUGUGCUGCUUAAAGGUCCUAUAUAUCUACUGGAAGAAAUUGACGCUUUGAUAUUUUUGUGCAGUCCCAUAUUCAAUGAUUUGGAAGAACUUCGUCAAGCUGGUUUGUAUUUAGCUGAUAUGAAUGGACACGGUCUCUCCAAGGAAAUGCUUUUACAGGGUUGGCAGCAUCUGUCACGUCUUGAAUUGCUUUUCGAAAAGGCUGAAAGUAGAAGUCUUACGUUGGAGAAAUCAUGUAGACUCCUAGAUCAGUGGAAGAAGAGAGGUGAUCAGUUGUUAUAUUCAAUGAUACCUAAAGCUAUCGCUGAUCAUUUACGUGCGGGGAAAUCACCGAUGGCUGCUUGUCAGAAAUUCGACUGCGUUACAAUAAUGUUUUGCGGAAUUCCUGUAACUGAGGCCGGUACACGAGCGGACGUCAUGCACACCGUGGGGUACAUGAACGAUGUAUACUCCAGAAUAGAUAGACUGCUUGACAGCCAUCGUGUAUAUAAGGUGGAGACAGUAGGCACAGUAUACAUGGUAGUGUCGGGUGCUCCAGAGAGGCGCCGUGGUCAUGCGGCCGCAGCUGCCAGCGCAGCCCUAGCCGUCUCACGAGCCCUACCUGUCCUUACUAUUGGGAUCCACUCGGGUCCGUGUGUGGCCGGAGUCCUAGGGCUGCGUCAACCGCGGUAUUGUCUAGUCGGUGACACUGUUAAUACAGCCAGCAGAAUGCAAACAACCAGUGAGGCGAGCCGCAUUCAAAUAUCUGCAAAAACGGCAGCCGAGCUUCCAGCCGGCAAGUUCAGGCUACGAAGACGUGGACUCAUUAAAGUUAAGGGUAAAGGCAUGAUGGAGACCUUCUGGCUUGAAGGAGAAGUGGAGGAAGAAGACCAGGUUGAGGCUUUACAGCUAUUUUCAACUCUUUGCGGAGAUAAUUAA